CAAAACAUUGACCAAGUUGAAGGCAAGUAUUUGGUAAAAAUUGGAAAAUUAUAGAAAAGUACAGGUUUGUUACAAAAAAUUUUGCUGGCUAUAGAAAAUAUACUUUCCAAGAUUAUGAUAAAAUGUAAAUUCCCAGUGAAAUGUGCUGGAAUGAUACCGAUGAUUGAAGAUUAUUGUUGCUACUGUCAACUGACAGCAUCUAUAUGUCCAAUAGAACCUCACAAUUUUCUUCAAUUUUAGGUAAACCAUGGCCCCAAGAAAAGGUAAAGUCCAAAAGGAGGAGGUCCAGCUAUCUUUGGGCCCUCAAGUACGCGAAGGAGAAAUAGUUUUCGGUGUUGCUCACAUAUUCGCCAGUUUCAAUGACACGUUUGUUCAUGUAACCGAUUUGUCCGGUAGAGAAACCAUCUCCAGAGUCACUGGAGGCAUGAAAGUGAAGGCGGACAGGGAUGAAGCUUCUCCUUAUGCCGCUAUGUUGGCUGCACAGGAUGUAGCAGAGAAAUGCAAAUCCCUUGGAAUCACAGCCCUUCACAUUAAGCUUCGUGCCACAGGUGGUAACAAAACUAAGACCCCAGGUCCAGGAGCCCAAAGUGCUCUUAGAGCUUUGGCUAGAUCAAACAUGAAAAUUGGUCGCAUUGAAGAUGUUACUCCUAUCCCAUCUGAUUCUACCAGGAGGAAGGGCGGUAGACGUGGUCGUAGGUUGUAAGAUGUUUAUUCAUUGACAUGUAUUCUAAUAAGAAACAGCGUUUUGUUUAAUAAAAGUGGAAGAGAUGUACUUUGA